UGAUGAGUCAACAGCUGUAUCUACCUGCUUACCCAUCUGCUCACUACAGAGAGAAUUCAUCAGCUUUAGCUUCUCCUUCGUCCUUAUCUUCUAUCAACCGAAGCUCCUGAAGCAUUCCGAUCUCCAUCUCCAUCUGCAGCCGAUCCCUUCUCCUACUCUUGGGACAUGGCGUCUGCUCUGAGGAGACUGGGUUCCGCUGCUGCCCGGAGGGGACUGUCCACCGCCUGCGAGGAUACGAAGAAAUCUCUCUUCCAGCUUCCGCAGGCUGGCGGGAAAUCCUCAAACCUCUGUUCUGCCAUCAAUCAGGCCCUCCACAUCGCCUUGGAAUCCGACCCUCGUUCUUACUUGUUCGGAGAGGAUGUGAGCUUUGGUGGCGUCUUCCGCUGCACAACAGGGUUAGCUGAUCGGUAUGGUAAAAGUCGGGUCUUCAACACCCCUCUAUGCGAGCAGGGCAUUGUUGGGUUUGGUAUUGGUCUGGCAGCAAUGGGCAACAGAGCAAUAGCCGAAAUUCAAUUUGCAGAUUACAUAUUUCCUGCAUUUGAUCAGAUUGUCAAUGAAGCAUCUAAGUUCAGAUAUCGAAGUGGCAAUCAAUUUAAUUGUGGAGGUUUAACGAUUCGAGCUCCUUAUGGAGCUGUGGGCCAUGGUGGACAUUACCACUCGCAAUCUCCAGAAGCUUUCUUCUGCCAUGUCCCCGGUAUCAAAGUUGUCAUUCCCCGAAGUCCCCGCCAAGCAAAGGGAUUGUUACUUUCGUGCAUACGAGACCCAAACCCGGUUGUCUUUUUCGAACCAAAGUGGCUUUACCGACAGGCUAUUGAAGAGGUUCCAGAGGAGGAUUACAUGUUGCCAUUAUCAGAAGCAGAGGUGAUUCGUGAAGGCAGCGACAUAACAGUAGUGGGCUGGGGAGCUCAGCUGUCUAUUAUGGAACAAGCAUGUGCUGGUGCUGAAAAGGAGGGAAUUUCUUGUGAGCUUAUAGACCUGAAGACCCUAAUACCGUGGGACAAGGAGACAGUAGAGGCCUCUGUUAGAAAAACCGGGAGACUUCUGAUAAGUCAUGAAGCUCCCGUGACUGGAGGCUUUGGUGCCGAGAUAUCCGCUUCUAUUGUCGAACGAUGCUUCUUACGACUAGAGGCUCCUGUUGCUAGAAUUUGCGGUCUUGACACCCCUUUCCCACUUGUGUUCGAGCCAUUCUAUAUGCCCACAAAGAACAAGAUACUGGAUGCUAUAAAAGCCACUGUGAACUACUAAUCUCGUCAUACUGCAAUCUGCUGCCAUAUUCUGAUGCUUCGAAGCUUUGGUCUAUAUGUCUAAAACUGUAGUCACUUCUGUGAAGGUAACAAUUGUAGAAAAAGGUACAUUGUUGCAUAUGAGUUAAAGAGUGUGAUAGCCUUACAGAUUGAAAUCGGAUUGAAAUGAGCCUGGAACACUUUGCCCGAUGACCUUCAGAUGUAUUUGGAUAGAAAUAAAAGGAAAGCUCAAAAUUUCUCAAA